GCUCCAUCCGGCGCCGAGGCACCGAUUAGUGAUUCAAUAGUUAGCCAUGGCGGCCACCGGAGGAGGGAAAAUUAGAUCAAGAAGAUAUCAUAUCGCCUCUAAACCGUAUGCUAAAGGAAAACAGCAGGCUGGCAUCAUCAGCAGGGUGACCGACACAGUGAAGAGCAUCGUUCCCACUUGGCUCACGAAGUACUUCAGGAACGGAGAGGUGGCUGAGGGCAGCGCCGCCGCCACACGACUUGCCCCAGAGCUCAACAGCCAAGACCCUCCUGCUAAUGGCAACGAGGAGGGCUCCGCUCUACCAGACGGCCGCGACUCGCCCGAGCCCAGCACCAGUAACACAGAACCUUCUACAAGCCGUGCGUCGCUGAACUUCCAGGAUGUGCUGUCACGGCCUCCUCUCAACCGCUCCCACCUACACUUUGCCUCGCUGGACGGCUCCCCGGCUUUGGGUGGCUCCAGCUCACUGUUCCCCCAGCCCUCCACCUCCACCGCUGCCCCCUUUGGCAGCCCCUUUGCCUCCACCUCGAACUUCUCCCUGGUGAAGGAGAUCAAGGACUCCAGCUCUCAGCACGAGGAUGACAACAUCUCCACCACGAGUGGCUUCUCAUCGCGUGCCUCUGACAAAGACGUGCCCACCUCAAAGCCUGCCCCGCUGCUUUGGUCCCCAGAGACGGACCGCACUCACUCAGGCACACAGCCCUCCCAGGCCGGCCUCAAGAAGCCCUCCUUUAACCUGUCGGUGUUCGGCACCUCUGCUCUGUCUUCAAUGAACAGCUCCAUGCUGAACUCCAGUCAGCUGGGUGACUCACCCUACUACCCUGGCAAAACCACUUACGGAGGCGCCGCGGCAAACCGCAGUGCCCGCUCUCGCCCAAGCACCCCUUAUCAGGUCCCAGUGAGGAGACAGAUAAAGGCGAAGCCGGCCGGCACUCAGCCCUGCGGGGUGACCAGUGCCACAGCCCGCCGCAUCUUACAGUCCCUAGAGCGCAUGUCCAGUCCUUUGGCCGAUGCAAAAAGAAUCCCCUCAACCAUAUCGUCACCUUUGUCAAGAUCACUGGAUCGCACAGACUUGGACGCUUCACCUUUCCAGGUCAAGAAGAAAAGGAUGGACAUGGCGCUGCCGCCAGUGCAGAAGCUGGUGGUGCCGUCAGCUGCCACCGCCUCUGGGAACCGUUCCAUGGCGUUCCGUCCCUCUCUCACACCUGGUGGAGUCAAUCGGGCACUGGAGAGGACGGCCUCCAGGGACACGCCUGUGAGAAGAUCUCCCUUAAUACCGGAAGCUACACCAACCACGUCUCAAAGCACAAGCUCUCCGGCCUUCCCCCUGUCCAGCACGCCUGUGGUCAGCAGUGCCGGCUCCGGAGGAGGCAAGAUGAAGCGGGAGAGAGCGGUCAGGCCUUCCUCCAAACGCCCAGAGGAUGAGAUAGCAGAGAUCCCGGAUCUGCCUGCCAUCUCCCUCCCAAUCAGCACACGUGCACUGCCCACUUUCAGCUUCUCCUCCCCAUCCACUACCACCUCCACACCCACACCUGCCCCUGCCAAAACGGCCCCUGCCGAGACAGUCACUAAAAAGGAUCCUCUGCCACCAUCCUCACCCCCUUCUGUGCCCUUCACUUUCGCUUCCCCUAUCGUCAAGGCGACGGCUGCCAGCCCUCCAUCUUUCUCUCCAUCUUCUGGUUUCACUUUCAGCGCUCCGGUCAUGAAGACUGACCUCACCGUGUCUGACAACUCAGCUGCUGCUUCGCCCAUCACUCUUGCAGUGAAGAGCACAGCAAGUACUGAGACCAAAGAGGAGUUUUCGGGGCCCUUCAAACCAGCUAAGACCCUGAAGCAGGGCAGCGUGCUGGAUCUCCUGAAGUCUCCUGGUUUCUCUUCCAGCACCCCCACCUCCACCCCCUCCUCUGAGCCUGCCCCCAGCCUUUCUGUCUCUGGCUUCGGGGACAAGUUCAAGCCUCCAGCAGGCUCCUGGAGCUGCGACACCUGCAUGCUACAGAACUCUGCAGUGGACACCAAAUGUGUAGCUUGCCAGACCUCCAAACCCCAGACAGACUCUUCCUCAUCCUCAUCCUCCUCAUCUUCAUCCUCCUCCUCCUCUGCUAAAUCAGACAGUAAACCCCCCGUUUCUACGACAGCGGCCACCAGUACGGGGUUGGCGGCCCUGUUUGCCCCUCCGGCAGGCACAUGGGAUUGCGACACAUGCCUCGUGCAGAACAAGCCGGACGCGCUCAAGUGUGUGGCCUGCGACACCGGCAAGCCUGGCACUGGCAUUAAACCUGGCCUGACCCUUCCAGCGUUUUCAGAGCCCUCCAAGAGCUCUGCGGCAUUCGGCUUUUCCGCUGCCACAACUGCUGCUACCACCACUUCUUCGUCGUCCACCUCUAGUGGAUCGUUGGGAUUUGGGGACAAGUUUAAAAAGCCAGAGGGCUCGUGGGACUGUGACACUUGCAUGGUGCAGAACAAAGCGCCGGACACCAAGUGUGUGGCCUGUCAGAGUGCAAAACCAGGAGCCUCUGGAGCAGCACCUGCAUCCCUGCCCCCCCUGUCCUCCAUCAGCUCAGCAGCGCCCCUGCUGGGCUUUGGGGAUAAGUUCAAGAAGGCAGCAGGCAGCUGGGAGUGUGAUGUCUGUUGUGUGCAGAACAAGGGAGAAGACCUUCAGUGUGUGGCCUGCCAGAGCAAUAAACCCGGAGCCAAACCCGAGCCAAAAGCUUCGUUUGGUACUUCAACGCUGUCAAAUUCCAGCUCUGGAGGAUUCAAAUUUGGCUCCAGCAAUUCCACUGCCUCCUCAAGUGGCAUCAAAUUUGGUGGAACCAUCUCAGACUCCUCUAGUGCCCCUUCUGGUGGCUUCAAGUUUGGAAGCGCAUCCUCCGAUUCCACCGGGGGCUUCAAGUUCGGUGGUGCCUCUGAAACCACCACCACCUCCUCCACUGGAGGUUUUAAAUUUGGCUGUGCCACCAUCACCACGGAGGCUUCCUCGACCGUCAAGAGCGAUCUGGGGGGCUUCGCAUUUGACAUAUCCACUUCAUCCUCCCUCCCAUCCACCACCACCGCCACUGAAGACUCUAAGACGACAGAUGCUCCCAGCUUAGGCAGUGGCUUUAAGUUUGGUGCCAGCAACUUGACAUUUGGCACGACAAGCACAGCACCUGCAACUGAAGCCAGCAUUGCACCUGCACCUGCACCUGCUCCUGCAGCUGACUCCUCAGCCACAGGCUUCUCUUUUGGCCUCUCCAAACCAGAGGAGAAGACCAGUGCCACACCCUCCCCCACCUUUAGUUUCUCCACCCCUCAGGACGCCUCGGUCAUAGCCACAGUCCAAGCCACCCCCGCCACCUCGGCCUCCUCGACCUCUCUCCCCAUCUUUGGGAAGCUCUCUGGGGUUGAGCCGGCCACCUCUGCUCCUUCCUUGCUCUCCACCGCCAAGUUUGGCGAGCCCGAGAGCACGGAGCCGGCACUCUCUGCGCCGGUCUUCUCUUUCGGGAAACCGGAGGAGAAGGAGGCUUCCUCCACCUCAACUCCGACCGCCGGGUUCCUCUUUGGUGCAGGGAAGGAGGCAGAGAAGGCACCCAGCACAGCUGCUGCUGCCCCCUCUGUUGGCUUCUCGUUCAGCAAGACUGAAGUAGCUGCGGAGCCCAAACCUGUUUUUGCCUUCGGCAAACCUGCCGAAAAGAGCGAGGCCGAGGCCCCCAAACCCUCCUUCGCGUUUGGCCAGAGCAACGUGGCCAAGCAUGAUGUGUACAGAAGCAGCACACCCCCCGCUCAAAGCCUGUUUGUGGCCAGCGCCAACUCUACUCUGGCCCCCAACCCUGCCCCGGCUUCUGCCCCCGUUUCUGCUCAAGCCCCCACCAGCAGCUUUCUGUUUGGCCAGAGUGCUCCAUCAGAAGCCCCCCCAGCAAAGGCCCCAGCCUUCCUUUUCGGACAGCAGGCACAGGAGACUCCAGCCGCCCCUUCGGCCACCCCUGCCCAGCCCUUCAUGUUCGGCGCAGCAGCCAGCGCGGCUGCGCCCUCUUUCGCCUUCGGAGCAACAUCUUCAUCUACGCCGGCUUCUGCAGCCCCCUCGCCUUUUGCAUUUAGCCCUGCCACCUCCACCACUGGCUUUGGCUCCGCCCAAGCAUCCAUAUUUGGCCAAGGCACGUCACAGCCAGCGGCUCCGACUUUCGGUUCAGCCACACCCUCCUUUCCCGCCGGAUCCCAGCCGCCGGCGUUUGGCGCCAAACAACCUGCAGCACCCGUGUUUGGCCAGCCAGCCAACGCUACACCGGCAUUCGGCUCCUCCAACCCCUCCACUGCCCCAGGUGGAGGUUUCCAGUUUGGUGGGGCCGGCGGAUUUGGGGCCCCCGCCGGCAAUGCAGGGGGGGUGUUCACGUUUGGAGGGGGACCAAAUUCCGCUGCUCCAGCAGCUCCCCCACCCACAGCUCCUGGCGGAGGCUUCAACUUUGUCCCGACCUCCGCCUUCAACAUCGGAUCCACUAAGAGUGCCGGUACGCCCACUGGACAGCAUAACAUAGCCGGGCGCAAGAUCAAAACGGCCGUGCGCCGCAGGAAGUAGCCCGACAGGGCUUCCUGAGGGGGAGGAAGAGCGCCUCCUGCUGGACAGCCGCUGCGCUGCUGCCAGGGGGAGAAGGGCCAGUGUUGCGGGGCGUGAGGCAGGAGAGCCGGUGACCUCUGAAUGACUUCUUGGUCAGGAAGCGGAACGAGGAGCACACGGGACUGGAAUAAAUAAAUAAAUAAAUCAAUAAAUAAACAAACAAACCAGACUUCAAACUUAACGCUUCAGAAAAAAAAAAUCCUCGUGUAGAGGGGGAAAAAAGCAAAAUAUUGUAACAAAAUGUCAACAAUCAAGCCACAAACCUCUGCUACAUGUGAAAAGGCUCUAUUUUUAACAUCUUCUGAUGUAAGAGCAUGACUUUUGUAAGGCAUAGAGGGACCGGGGAAAGUGAGUGGAUCCAAACAAAUGCAAAAAGAGUUUGAUGGAGAUGACUCAAUCCUGGGUUGGAAUC